AACGGUCCACUGGACCGGGUCCAGUUAAACAUUAAUUUCUUUCAAGUGAUCAUUAAACUGCCUCAAGAUGGAAGAUCAAUUUAUCCUUUUAGAAAAUGAUUAUGUUACUAUUGUGAAUAGAGAAAAAUCUUACAAAAUUUCUAAACAAAAGUUAUCGUCGAUUCCUUACUUUGUGAAAUUAUUUGCCGAUUCUAAUUGUGACACAACCAAAAUAGAACUUGAUCUUGAUGAAAGUUCAUUUGAUAAUAUUAUCGAGUUUAUUCUGGAUGGUCAUUUAUCGAUUUCCAUUGAAAAUGCCUUAUCAAUGAUGGAAACUGCUGAUUACCUCGGACUGGGCGAAAUUAAACAGAAGUAUUUUGAUUUCUACCAAUCGAAUUUCAACAUCAAACUAUUGGAAGAGUUCUUGGAUUUUUACGAUAAACGUAAAUCCCCUGAAAUGUUUACUGAAGAAAAGCUCAAUUCAUUUAUUGCGAAAUUUUUCCUUCCAAUUACUCGCACACGAACAUUUCUAAAAUUUCCAGUCGCUCUAUUGGAACGAAUUUUGAAGUUGAAUUUGGUUGUUUCUUUCGAGUUUCAAAUAUAUGAAGCCAUUAAGCGAUGGAGCUUUUUCAAUAAAAAGGCUCGAAUACAAUAUCUACCUCAACUCAUGAAAUUCAUCAAUUUUUGUCGUUUGAAUGAUGUAGAGAUUCAAAGUGUCGCCUCGAUGCUUACAACUCCUGGAUUCACUCUCAACGCUCCACAGUCGAAGAAGAAAUCUCCCCGUGCCUGUCUUCCCGAAUUCUGCCAAUCUGAUUGCAUAAUUAAUCGACAUUAUGAUAAGUCGUUGGUUGCAAUCUAUGAACUGAGUAAAGAUAAAAUUAACAUUCGACGUUUAUCAAGAUCGAACCUCUGGACUAAAUAUGGUCAAUUCACUCGCGAUGAGACAAUGUCCACUUCUCUGAUUGAGGCUGAUCAUAUAGUCGAUAUAAUCUAUGAUUCCGGAAGAAAAGGUAUUCGAGUUGAUUUGAUUUCAAAGAAAUUCAAAUAUCUCAAAAUGUUUGGUGGUGACAAUUCUUAUUAUGGUCAAGUUUACAAGUAUUUCGCUCAUGAUAUUUGUUGCAAUCAUACUUACGUAAAAAUCAGUGACUCGCUAAGUGGAUCUAAUAUUUGCAAAAAUUUGAACAUCUAACGUUUGGAAGCCAUUUUUCUCGGUGAGCACUUGGAGGCAAUUUGUAAUGGAACUGGAAAUGACUUUGACUCUACUAGAACUGAUGAUGGAUGGGAAGAUUGCGUCAUUGAAUCUCGUUGUCCUAAGGAGUCGCAUGGGCUGGUGAAUGCUCAUUGUUAUUGCCCGUCUCUUGAUUAUC